AGGCGCUUCCCACGGUACAGACCCGAGCCAAAGCAGAGUGCCAAGCAGAGUGGUAGAAAGAGAAAAACCCUCGGCGCUACGAUCUGCUUCUCCUCCGGCGCCGGCAGGGCAGCACACCGUCGAGGCGGAAGCGACCCGGCAGGGCUCGACGCGAUGCCUCCCUCCCCCGCCCCAUGCCCCGUCGUCGUCCUCAGCGACGACGAAAGCAGCGACGACGGCGCCGCAUCCGACGCGGUCUCGAGGUCCGCUGCCGAGCGCAUCGCCUCCACCCUGACCACCCAGGCCGCGGUCGACGCCCUCUGCAAGAACCACGACGUGCCGAGGGGGUUCGCCGCGCGCCCCGCCGGCGAGCUGCGCGCGCGCAGCGCGCCUCCGCGGGGGUCCGUCUGCGUGUACGCGCACAUGCUGGAGACCGGGGUGCGCUUCCCGCUGCACGGCUUCUUCUGCGAGGCGCUCACCCACUUCCACCUCGCGCCGGGCCAGCUCUCCAUAAACGGGUGGCGCGUCCUGGUGGGGUUCGUGGCGCUCUGCCAUGAGGCCGACGUGCGGCCGUCCAUGGCUCUGCUGAGGCACUUCUUCAAGCUGUACAACCGGAACGACUGGUACUACUUCCGCUGCAGGGCGGACGCCGGAGUGCUCUUCACUGGCACGAGCUAUUCGCAAUCUGAGAGGGAGUGGAAAGGGGGUUUCUUCUUCCUGACAUCGGCGGAGGAAUGGCGGUGCCCCGUGCGCUGGGGCGAGCCGCCGUACAAGAGCUCCGCCGCAGGUCCGGUGCUCACGAGCCAGCAGAAGCAGUCGGCGGAAAAGCUGCUAGGCGUACACGGCACAGCGCGCGAUCUCCGGGCUUAUCUCCGCGAGACAGAUCUUGCUGCGGCCUUGCCCGCCGACCUCGCCGGCGCACCGCCACCACCUCAGCCCUCUCCACGUUCUACUGUCUCCCAAGGGAUGUAUUCACCCGCCCGCGACAUGACUGACAGUAUGCCAGGGGAGAAGACAGCGGCGCCGGCGGCAAGGACAGAGCAGGUGAAAAGCGAGGCGCACGGCGACACGCUUCCGUUGUCCGGAAACAAGAGGAGACGGGAGGAGGUGACCGCAACAGACGGGCAUGACGGCGCCGCCACGGUGUCCAACCCGCGUGCCCCGUCGGGCUUUGACCCGCGGUCACCGCGCUCCCCCGUACCCGACACACACGACGGCGACAGCGCCGACUGGAAGGCCGCGCAGAAGAUUCUAGAGGGCCUCGUCACGCCGUCGCGGGAGCGCCACUUCGCGGCGUCGAAGCCCUCCGACGUCGUGGCGUCGAGCUACGUAGCAGUGCUCCAGGCCGCGAACUACGCGACCUUCUCCAUGACCUACGCGCUGGAGCUGGACGAAAAGGUCGUAGCGCGCGAGCGCGACAACCUGGCGCUGUGGGAGCAAGUGGAGAAGGAGAAGGCGGCGAGGCAGGCCGCGGAGGCGGAGCUGCAAAAGGUGAAGGCAGAGCUGGAGAGCGCCGAGGCGACGGCGGUGCAGCAGUUCCUGGGGUCCGAGGAGUACACGCGGCGGCUGGCCGUGCAUGCGCUGCCGGCGUACUUGCGCGGCGCUGAGGAGAUGAGGCGCGUCGUGCUCCGGCACUACCCGCACGUCGACGCCGGCAAGCUGGAGCUGCCGCUUGAUUAGCUCGGUCUGAGUCUGAUUAGUUGGAACUUGGAGUCGUUUGGUUGAUCUUUUGUACAUGGGGAAACUGCUCUAGCACAUAGCAACAUCAUGUGCAGAGAUUUAGCCAGGCCAUGAUUUGUUGCUGGUUUGGUCUGUUCAUGGUUUCAUGAUCUAGCACUUCUGUGUAGAAAUCGACUCGACGAUGUUGCACGCAGUGAAUGGAUUUCAUGGUUCAGAUAAAAACUCA